AUGGCGAGCGGCGGCUACGGCGGCCCCUACUCCUACUACAACCAGCCUGCGGCCGCGCCCUACUACUACGUGCAGCGGCCGGCGAGAGGGGGAGGCGGCGGCGGCUCGCGACCGCCGCUCCACCUCUUCCUGCUGCUCGCGACGCUCCUCCUCCUCGCCGCCACCUCGCUGUACGCGCGGUGUGAGGCGGCGGUGGAGAGCAUGGCACAGCAGCUCCGGCCGUUGCUCAUCCUGUCCCCGCUGCUGCUCAUCGUCGCCGCGCAGCUCUGGGUGGCCACCAGCGGCGACCACCGGCAGGGUGGGGGCGCGCUCGCGUACCUCCUCGAGCAGGUGGCUCCGGCGGACCAGUACUACAGGAGCGGCGCGCCGUAUGGCCGGUGGGACGGCGGCUCGUCGCCGUGGGGUGUGGCGGUGGUGCUCGUGCUCGUCCUGAUCUUGGUCUCGUACCAGUCUUCGUUCCAGGAGUGGCGGUUGUUCCCGCUGCGCGGCCGGUGA